AUGGGUUACGACUAUGCCAUUGUACAUCUCAAAUACACCAUCCCGCCCGCGGUAGCCCUGACCUUUCUUUACCACCCGCUGCUCACCCGGCUCGAUGUGUAUAAAAUCCUCUUCCUCGUAACUAUCGCCGUUGUCUCUACCAUUCCCUGGGACUCCUAUCUCAUACGAACCCGAGUAUGGACAUACCCCGCCACCGCCAUCGUCGGCCCUAAGCUACUCGACAUCCCCGCCGAAGAAGUUUUCUUUUUUGUCAUUCAGACGAGCCUUGCAUAUCAAUUCAUCAUUGGAAUUCCCCGGUCCAGUUCUCUUUGGCCUAUUGCGGUGCCCACGUUCUACCUCUGGAUUGUUGAUACCCUGGCUCUGAGGCGUGGAACAUGGGUCAUUGAGACUGGUACCAAACUGGGCUUCCACCUGUGGCCUGGUCUGGAGGUCGAGGAAGCUUUUUUCUUUCUCGCUACAAAUACCCUAAUUGUCUUCGGUUUGAUAGCAUUCGAUAAUGCGCUGGCUAUUCUGCACACAUGUCGGCAGACUUUCCCUACCGUUCCAGCAUGGCCUUCACCGGCUCUUCUAGUUCGCGCUCUGCUCAAGCCUGCAUCUACCUACGACGAAGCGUAUCUUCAUGCUCUUCGAGAAGCUGUCGAUCGACUCAGGCGCAAAAGUCGGAGUUUUUACCUUGCAAGUGGCACAUUCCAAGGCCGCCUUCGGAUUGAUCUGAUUCUCCUAUACUCUUUCUGCCGCGUAGCUGACGACCUUAUCGACAACGCUGCAGAUUCCAAGGAAUCUCGGGAAUGGAUCCGCAAGUUACGCAUGUACCUUGACCUUUCAUACAAGAAUAUGGAGGAGAAAGCCCUACUCCAGGAUUACAUCGAAAUCAAGUUCCCUAGUGCGGCUCAAUCUGCCCUCAAGUUUCUUCCCACUUCGUACCUCUCCAGAAAGCCGCUGUACGACAUGCUGGAUGGAUUCGAAAUGGACCUUGGGUUUGCCUCAACUGACGGUGAGUCAUCAAAAUAUCCCAUUCAGACGGUCGCAGACUUGGAUCUUUAUGGGGAACGUGUUGCUGGCACGGUUGCACAUUCGCUACUGGAACUGGUCUUCCAUCAUUUACCGUCAGAUGCAUCCACGGAGAAAAGGCAGCGACUGAUUGAGGCCGGGUCGAGGAUGGGCGUGGCCUUGCAAUAUGUAAAUAUCUCGCGCGACAUUGCGGUCGAUGCGCAGAUUCAACGCGUGUACAUUCCUUUGGACUGGAUUGCGGAGAAGGAACUCACGCCUCCGGCCAUCAUCAAGAAUCCUCAAGGCACGCGAGUAGAGGAGCUCCGGCUUCAACUACUCAACCGCGCUUUCUACAUUUAUGCGGAUGCUAAGGAUGCGAUCGAAGAGCUUCCUGAUGAAGCCAGGGGUCCAAUGCGCGUGGCAGUCGAGAGCUACAUGGAGAUUGGGCGGGUCAUCAGAGAAGAGGGUUUCAGGCCCCAAUCGCUGUUCGUUCAAGUUUCCAGCAUCAGAGAACUGUCAGCAAUGGUCGAGAAGGCUCGUCAGAGGACGGCAGUCAUCAUCGGCGCCGGCGUGGGCGGCGUUGCAACCGCGGCACGUCUUGCAAAGGCCGGUUACGCUGUCACGCGAUUUGACCAAGGACCCUCGUUGCUCCUCUUGCCGAAUCUCUUCGCCGAGGCAUUUCAUGACCUGGGCACUUCGCUUGAAACCGAGGGUGUGCAUCUGACCAAAUGCGAUCCAAACUACAGCCUCUGGUUUGGCGACGGCCAUAACUUUGAACUGUCGACCGACCUGGCCCGCAUGAAGAAGCAGAUUGAGAAAUGGGAGGGAAAAGAUGGCUUUGAGCGCUAUUUGGCUUUCCUGGCCGAAGCCCACCGCCAUUACGAGCUCAGUGUGACCCACGUCUUGAAGCGUAAUUUCACAACGCUGCUAAGCAUGGCGCGGCCAAGUUUCCUGAAGCACCUGAUUGAGCUCCAUCCGUUUGAAAGCAUUUACAGCAGAGCAGCGAAGUACUUUUGGACCGAGAGGUUAAGACGAGUCUUCACUUUUGCCAGCAUGUACAUGGGCAUGAGUCCUUUUGAUGCUCCCGGAACCUACAGUCUGCUGCAAUAUACAGAACUGGCCGAAGGCAUCUGGUAUCCUCAGGGAGGUUUUCAUAAGGUCAUUGCAGCGCUUGUCGAAGUCGGACAACGAUUGGGCGUAGAAUAUCGCCUAUCCACGCCCGUAUCCAGCAUCGCCCUCUCGCCUGACCAACGCAGAGCAACUGGCGUCGUGCUCGCCUCAGGCGAGACAAUUCCCGCAGAUGUCGUGGUCAACAAUUCCGACCUCGUAUACGCCUACAACAAUCUCCUCCCACAGACCUCAUACGCGCGCUCACUCUCCAAGCGACCCGCCUCGUGUAGCAGUAUAUCUUUCUACUGGUCACUCUCGCGCACCGUUCCCGAGCUCAAAGCUCACAAUAUCUUCCUCGCAGACGAGUACCGCUCAAGUUUUGACAACAUCUUCAAGCAUCAGCAGAUCCCCGACGAGCCCUCCUUCUACGUCAAUGUACCAUCGCGUAUCGAUCCAUCCGCCGCCCCGCCGGACAAAGACGCCAUCAUCGUCCUCGUCCCAGUCGGCCAUCUCGUUCCUCCCUCGCCCUCAACUACCUCCAACUCGGCCACCCCAACCCAAGACUGGCAAAAAAUGCUCGCCCUGGCCCGCACCACCGUCCUGCGCACCAUCCGCGCCCGCACAGGCGCCGAUAUUGCCCCACUGAUCGUGCACGAGCGCGUCAACACGCCAGCCGACUGGGAGGCCCGCUUCAACCUCGACCGCGGCGCAAUCCUCGGCCUCAGCCAUUCCUUCUUCAACGUCCUGUCCUUCCGCCCCAAGACCCGCCAUCCCUCAGUCAGGGGCCUCUACUUCGUCGGCGCCAGCACCCACCCGGGCACCGGCGUCCCCAUCUGCUUGGCCGGUAGCAAGAUCACUGCUGAGCAGGUCAUUGGGGAUGACCGCGGAAUGGUGCCGUGGGAAAGCAGUGGCGGCACUGUGUCUGCAUCAGGGGGGAAGAAAGGGGUCGAAAAGGAGGGCAUCGACCGCGUGGAAGGGGGCGGAAGCGGCGGUUUCCUGUGGUUGCUGCUUCAGAUCGCGGUGCUGCUUUUGGCUGUGCUGGGCGCGUUCACGCUUGCCACGGGCGCCGCCGUUGUUGGUGGCGAAGAGGGACUGAGCAGCGAGUCUGGCGCGUGGUUGAGGCUUGGGCGGGAUUGGUGA